UCGCAUUUGUCGUCCAUCGCCCCCCCCCACUCACCCUCCUCCUCCCCGGCCCUGGUGUCUGUCGCCCAGAGCCCUGCUGCAUCCUGCCCACCCAUAUCCGUCGCCCGCAAGCCCCGCACAAGCCUGCCCGAUCUCGCCUGUGGCCUCUCUCCCGUUUGCCCGCCCGAUCUGCCCGACCAACCACCCGACCGACUCGCCCACUCAAGCCAUGCACUCGUCCCACAAUCCGACAUCGCUGUCCAACGGCUCUGCUGAAACCACCAUCGCAGACUCCACCCAGCCGUCUCCAGAGCUGAUAGUUCCCUUUCCAUCCAAGGGCCACCUCCUGAAGUCUGGAUGGGCGUUUUGGUUCAUGCACCGAGAACCAGGCUCCAAGCUGCAGGACUACAACUCGGCCAUCAAGCGCAUUGCCGGAUUUGCAUCGAUCGAAGAGUUUUGGGCCGUGUACAGCCAUCUCAACCGCCCGCACGAUUUGCCCACAAUCAGCGACUAUCAUCUCUUCAAAUCGGGCUUGCGUCCCAUUUGGGAAGACAACAUCAAGGGUGGAAAAUGGAUUGUGCGGCUAAAAAAGGGACUUGCAUCUCGUUACUGGGAAAGCUUGGUCAUCUCAUUAAUCGGCGACCAGUUCGAUGUCGGGGAUGAGAUUUGUGGGGCCGUUAUAUCGAUCCGCCACUCGGAGGACAUCUUGUCCCUGUGGAACAGGAAUGCUGAUGACAGCCGAGUCAAUUUGAAAAUCAGGGAUACACUGAAGAAGGUUCUGAAUCUGCCUGCAAACUGCGUUAUGGAAUACAAGGCCCACAAGUCGUCCAUCACGGACAAUUCCAGCUUUAGAAACACAGAGAUGUUCCGAUAGGGGAGGUGCAUGAGGUCAAUACAGCCCUUCGACGAAAAUACCGGGCGCCCCGACUGCCCCGGGGUUUUCAGCGAACAUUGCUGUAGUCACAAUCCGAAAUACCACUGCAAUCAAAAGCACAUGAUCCCAUUGACGGCUGGCCACUUUGAACAAGAGGGAGAGGGGGCAUGGCUCUUGGUUGAAUGUGUGCCUUUGGGUACCUUGGACAUCUUCGAUCCGGCUGUCCCUGGAACACCCAUUUCUGAGGUCCUGAAUACAUACAACCAGCAUGUCUGCA